AUGAUAAAAGAAAAUACUGAAGUUAUAAAACCACCUGAAAAAGUUGAUGACUUUUUGUUGUCACUAUUUAAGGCUUUGGACAGGCAGAAAUCUAAAGAUGAUCGUAAAAUAGUGGAAAAAAAAGUGGUUGUUCGGAGGUUGCCUCCAACUAUGACUGAAGAAAGAUUUCUCAAUGAAGUAUCUCCUCUGCCUGAAUUCAAUUACAUGUAUUUUAUACCUGGUGAUCUACAUGCAGUACCAUUUCAUCAUUCAAGGGUGUAUAUAAAUUUUCUUAAAGAAGACGAUAUGUAUAUGUUUACAGACAAAUUUGAUGGCUAUGUAUUUGUUGAUGAUACUGGUGACGAAUAUCCAGCUACUGUUGAACUAGCACCUUACCAGAGGAUACCAAAAAAGAAAUUAGAUAAAGAUGCAAAUUGGGGUAAGAUACACGAGAACCCAGUGUUCUUAGAGUUCAAACGUAAUUUUGAACAGAAGACUAUCGAUACCACAUUAAAAACUACACAACACUUUUUUGAAUCCGUUGAAGAUAAAUCUCAAGAACAGGACUUGAGUACACCAUUACUUGAAUAUUUAGCAAAGCAAAAUGAUAAGCAACGUGUACGAGUAAAUCAAAGGGAUGAACGUCGUAAAAAAGUAUUUAUUAGAAAACAGGAAAAAGAAGAUGUGUGGAGACACAAAAAAGUGGAAAAAGAAAUUUUCAUUAAACCCAAACAAAUUACCAAAAGCAGCAUAAUCAGUAAAAGAGUAAUUGACGAAAAACCAGUGAAAGAUACAAGCCAGAAAAAAAUCAUUAAAAGUCAUAAAGACGAUACAGGAUAUAUUGUUGAAAAAAACAAAUAUUAUGAUGAAAAUCAUAAAGUUAAGAGUGAAGAAACUAAAGUUGACGAAGUAAAAAAAAUAGAGAUUAAAAUUAAAACAACCAAGCUGAAUAGUCCACUCAAAUGUUUUGAUAAUGAUUUAAAAGAAGAUAUUACUUCUAAACCUGAAAAAAUGAAUGUUGAUAUAUCUAAAGAAGAUAAUGAUAUAAAAAAGAAAUCGGAAACAUUGAGACCUGGGCAUUCAGAAAUCAAAACUAGUGUAUCAACUAAACAUAAUAAGUGGCAUGAUGAUAAGGAAAUAGUUGAAUCUGGUGAAACUGAAAACUAUAAAAAGCAUCGAUCUGAUACAGAUAAAAGGUUUCCUUACAAUAAACGAAUAGAUAAUCGCCGUCAAGAAUCCAAGACUGAUCGUCGCAUUAGAAAUAAGGAUCGUCCAGCUAUAGAAAUUUAUAGGCCAGGGAUGGGAAGAUUGAGUAAGUUAAAGGCAGAGAAUGAUAGUAUUGAACCAGAAGCUAAUAAGCAACAUUUAAAUUAUACUUAA